GUGACAAGGUCGAAUUUCGUAAACAUUGCGUCGGGGCGCUGUUGUCUUCCAUACAACUGUCUCUACCGAAUAUUAACUAAAAAAAUAAGCGAUUUUAUGCAUGCGUAGGUCACGUGUGAGGUGUUAUAACGCGUUGUCUGCAGUGUCCGCGGAAAGAGGCGUGUCUCCCGCGUCUGCGGUUACAUUGUGACACCGGAGUUCAUUAAGAUACAGAUAAAGAUCAGAUCUGACCGACACUCGUCAGACCAGUCUGAGCUGGAAAAGGAAGUAAAAUGAGUGCAGCUCUCUUAAACAGACUGAAGCCCGCAGUGAGUUUAGCGAGCCGCCUGUGGAGCUGCAAACCCCUGCGGAUCGAGCCGAGCAGCGCAGCCGCCUCAGUGAGACUCUACAGCGGACUGAUGGAGCCCCGAGCGCCGCUCUUCAGACAGCUCUUCGAGUCUGAGAGCAGCACGUACACAUACCUGCUGGCGGAUGCUGACAGCCGAGAGGCCGUUCUGAUCGAUCCAGUGCUGGAGACGGUGGACAGAGAUCUGAAGCUCAUCAAUGAACUGGGCCUGACGCUCAAAGUGGCCUUGAACACUCACUGUCACGCCGAUCACAUCACUGGCACCGGACUCCUGAAGAAGAAGGUGUUUGGUCUGAAGAGUGCCAUCUCCAAACACAGCGGAGCCGCUGCUGACAUCCAGCUGUCGGAGGGAGACCGCAUCAGCUUCGGCAGACACAGUCUGACGGUGCGAGAGACGCCGGGACACACAGACGGAUGCGUGACGUACAUCUCUGAAGACGAGCGCAUGGCCUUCACCGGCGACGCUCUGCUCAUCCGCGGCUGCGGACGCACGGACUUCCAGCAAGGUAGUCCUCAGAAACUGUAUGAGUCUGUCCAUAAGAAGAUCUUCAGUCUGCCGGGACACUGCUUCAUUUACCCUGCUCACGACUACAAGGGGCAGACCGUCUCCACCGUGGAUGAGGAGAAGAAGUUCAAUCCGCGGCUGACGAAGUCUCUCUCUGAGUUUGAGAACAUCAUGAACAACCUCAACCUCCCCAAACCUAAGAAAAUAGAUAUAUCGGUGCCUGCGAACCUGGUGUGUGGACUUCAUGACGUCUGAACGUGGACGAACAAAGCUGACGUUAAUCAAAUGGUUGUAAUUUUAUCGAUGUUAAAACUUCAUGCAGUGAUGAUAUUUGAUAUUCGAUUCAGGGUUAAUGCAUAAACCAGAACAAAAAACACUGUUUAAGAAUAUGUUGGGAUUUUAUUAAAUACUUUACUAAAUCUGUGUAUAAUAUCACGCUUGGAGUAAUGAUGAUCAAGUGCUCUUUCAGCUUUAAAUGAUCAAGUGCUCUUGUAAUGUGAAAUGCAUCUAAUCAUAUAUUUGGUAAGAGAAGUCUCCAUUUAAUCUGUUUUUAAUAAAUGUUGGUCAGUUUUUCGCCUCUUUUGGGCUUCUUUUUGAUGUUUCUCAGUGUUGCAUUUCUACAAAUGUCUUCACCGUCAGGACGGACGAGAAAAACCAGCUUGAUUUGCAAGUGAAAUGUCCUGGAAGUCCAUGCUUUUAUCAGCACAAGUCUCUGAUCCGAUCUUCACUGCUUCAUUCACGUGCUAAUGAUGAUCUCGGAGUUUCUGUCGUCUUGAAUUUUAGACCUAAAGCUUUUACUACAGAAGAUCAAGGACAGGAGUGUGAUGUCAUCAGCACUGGUGCACUGCAAACACGAUUCAUACGCUUGUCUUCCAAUACAAGAUUCAUAAAGAACAAUGCAUUUACUUUUGUGCUUGUGCUUGUUUUUUAAGAAUAUUUCGUAAUCAUAGAAUUUAUUUGUAAGUUUGAAAGUGCUACAGAUCUUGUACUGUGACAGUAAUAGUUAAUAAGAAAACUUAAUAAAGAUUAUUAAGUGUU